UACAUGCCGUUGCCAAAACAGUCGCUCGAAAGACCCCAGAACGUCGGGAAAAUUUCGUAGCCGCGAACGAAAUGAAAAGAAAAUUAACGAAAAAUCCUCGAAAUAGUGAUCUGUGGGCGGUAUUUCGACCGCUGUAAUCGUCCAAAAAAUUCGUAUAGUGCCUAAAAAAACGUGUAUUUUUUUAAAUAUUAGUGUGUAUUUGUACAGUAAUAUGUGAUUGUGAGUGAAGCAAGAAUUCUAUCUAAUUUAUACCUACCAAACGUGUAACUUUAAGAAUAUUUUUCCCUAAAAGAAGUCUAAAAUUUGAGCAAUAUUUUAUAGAAAAAAAUAAAUAAAAUUACCCCAACAUUAAUAUCACACCAAAAUAAAAGACUAUGACAAUCCUCGCGAGUGCACGACACUUCCACCUUCCCAAAAAGAAGUAAACCAUCUUUUCCCACCGCCUACCAACUAAAACACCACGCCCACAAUGUACGGGAACGCCCGAAGGGACGAACAGUCUCCACCCACACAUUUCUCCGUCCACGCAGAAUUCACCAUCUCCCAUCCUGGAGCCGACGACCCGCGAAACAGGCCGCGAACCAGCACGGAACGAGACGAAGCUACAGGGGGCGUGCGCAUGACGUACACGUGGCAGCCCGAGUGGGCGGGACGAGCCACGUCAGAGGACAGGACGUCGGAGGGAGGACGUGGCAGGACUGGGGAGGCGUGGCCACCUAGUGUUUCGAAUAGCAACAAAUCUCUUUAUAGUGAUACUCCCAGCUCUGCAACAUUAACACCUCCAAGAUCCGUACCGCCUCAGAUCAAACCUCCUAGUGCAGUUUUCGGUACUGAUUACACCAGAGGGUACCAGCAAGGCAACAUUUUCUUUACUUCCACACCUCCACCUAACAAAGAAGGUGACGAUAUCAAAUCUGAAAACAUUCCCAAAGACCCCAGACUGACCCUGAUGCAAGACGCUGCCACUAGAGGGGGUUUGAUUCACGAUUCUUCCGGGUAUGGUAGUGAUAUGUUUAGUCCCGCUUCACUGGGUAGUAGUAGUUUGCCUAGAAGAAUUAUACCGCCUUACGAUAGGAAAUGUAGGAGCACUUGUAACAUUACUUUGUCUUCAAAUCUUGCAGGUUCUCAAGUACCAAGUAGUUCUAAUUCCUUAUGUAAUAGAACUCAUAGUUUAAGGUGUCAAACUCCUUCGUCCUCUAUAGGACCUAGUUUACCUUUAAAUCGAUUUUAUGGAUGUGGUGAUCCUUGGUGUCACCACACGAGACAAGGAGAUGAAUACCCUUUCGGCGGUGGAAUAUCAACUGUUCCUGAAGAAUCAUUUUUAGAAUGCGCAAAGGGAUCGUCAAGAAGUACAAGCUUAGGACCACCGAUUACUCAAGCGAGUACAAAAAAAGACGCUUCCGUACAAACCUUUGAAAUGGUGGACAAAUGCACGUCUCCCUUUUUAAGAACCAACAGUACUGACUCUGUUGAAGGUAAAACUUCUAAGAAAUACCAAAGGCGGGGAUUCACAGAACCGAUUUGGAGAAGACAUUCCCCAGGAGGCACAUUUACACCGGAUAGUCUAGACAGUGUCAAGCCUCCAAAAAAACUAACUCGCUCACCGAAGCUAAGAAGACAUCCUGCUUUCGAUCACUCACGUGAAGCUUCCAAAGAGAAAUCACCCGCCGAUUCCAAGGCCAGUGAUUCACAGAAGAAACCCAGAACCGUUCACAUUGACGUUUACUGUACCGGUACCGAACUAGAAUCGGAUGCUAGCGGUGAAGGUAGCGAUGAUGGCACAGAGAGCAAAACAGCCAGUACGCCUCAAACAGUAUUUGAGAACGAAAAAAUGAGAGUAACUCAUAAAAAAGCCGACGAAAAAGACUUACCGUUUUAUUUGAAAAACAGAUUAGUCAAAAACUCUGAAACAAAUCAGUCUUUAAAAAAAUCGUUUGAAACUGCAACGUCCAUGGAACAAGACGAGUCAGACGAUGAUGCCGCUAGCACCGCAUAUCCUUCGAAACUUAGCUCAUAUUCAACUAUUGGUGAUUUUUCUGCAAGUCUUUCAAGUGUUCCACGAUCCUGGACAACCUAUUCCAUGUCCAGUUGCGCCAUUCCAGAAGACUACGAUUCCGUGGCCAAUACUUCUUGGAAAGACACGUUUUCAGACAUCGACAGUCUUCUCCAUAGUCGUUCCAGCAUAGCACCCACAGAAAGUCUGGAUUUUGUUCCAAGAAAACUUUACCAAACGAACCAGAGCAUAGACGAAACUCCCGAAUAUUCAAACGAGAGAAAGGAUCUUUUGGAGACUCCUACCGUGCUGAGUAUUCAAGGAAGUGAUAGCUUCGAGUAUGCUAAUUCCGAAGAUCGGUUGAGGAUUAAACAAAUGGAGGAAAAAUGGAAGAACAAAGGGUAUCCCAGACCUUACAAACCUACAGUGAACGAAAAAACCCUUCAGGCACAACAAAAACGCAUGCAAGAGUACAUGGAGAAAAAAAUCAAAGACAAAACCAAGUGGGACUCGAAAGACAGCGAUAGUAACGACUCGGAUGGUUCAGGCAAGGGCUGGACCUUCGUUAAAGGUCCUCAAAAAAGGGACACCAUCGUUAAAAAGCCUAGUAAAGAAGAGGUUCCUAAAAUUACAGUGGAGGAUGAAGUUCCUAAAGCUAAAGACCCAGUAAAUGCUUUACCAAAUACAGUGAGACGAGCUUUUCUGAAGACUUUGGACUAUCAACCUACUUCACAUGGUGAAACAAUCUCAAAAAAGCGUCCAGAACCUUUAAAAAAACCUCCAUCCAAAGAAAGUAUCGAUCAAGGCUCUCUAAGCGAUUCCAGUCCAACAUCUCGUUCGCCUUCAGUAAUUUCAGCCAAACAAAGACUAAGUUUAGACCCGAAUCUUCGUUCGCCUUUCAUGAUAGUCCCGGGGAUUUACACAGAACCCCGAUCCAUCGCCAGAAAGUUCGGAAAGGUCGUAAACGUCAUGAAAAAACCUGGACACCACGUUGGACCGGCCAAAAACCCGGACUGCCUGUGCGAUCACUGCCAGAGCUUCUGGGAAUCGCUGGGCUACAGGAAUAGAACCAGGAGCAUGGGGGAUCCACCUAGCGGAAAGUACGUGGGCAAUUGGAAAGAGUUUUUGGAAAACAACGGCUCCAAGGACCGACAGAAGGGAGGGGACGUGCCCUUUACCGAUUUUUGAACUGUGUUUGUCCGUGUCUUAGAGGUUAUUUUGUGAUAGUUUUGUGAUACAGUUCGUGUAAACCUAGUGAUGUUUUUAAUUUUUUUUUAUUUUUGUUUGGAUUUAACUCUGUGUAUUUUUAAGUUUGAAGAGUUUACUGGUAAGGUUGUUCUUCCGGCCUGGAGGAUCGAGUGAAAUCAUGGAUGUA